UGCUCCGCGCAGGUGCAGCCACCUAACCUUUAAUGGUUAAAUGCUACUGAUCGAGUAACGAGUACGCGAUAAAGAGUCUAUUUUAUAACGUUUUGAGAUACUUAUGAUUGCAAAUUGCUGUACCGUACAUUAUCGCUUUCUGACUUUUUCGUACGAAUUAGUAACAUUGCGACGAUGUCGGCGACCAAGCAACAAAUGACUGAGAAACAAAGGCUCAAGAAAAUGAGCAAGGCGCAGAUGCAGCUAGCGAUCGUAAAGAAGAAACAAUGUGACGCGAAAGCUCUCAAGAUAGUCGAGCAGCUUCUAGAAUCGCACGUGAAUUCUGACUGGCUUCUUCAAAACCUGGGAUUCAUAAGCAAGACUCACAUGGAAGAUGUGAUAGAGGAACGAGCGAUAAUAAAGUUAUGUGGAUAUGUUCUUUGUUCAAAUCAACUAACCGUCAUCAUCCAUCAACAGUAUCACAUAUCGACACGCAAGAAUAAAGUGUAUGACAUCAGUAGACGGAAGAACUUCUGUAGCUCGACGUGUUAUGGGGCAGCCAAUUAUCUUCUUGAACAAAUGCUUGAGAGUCCACUGUGGUUGAGAGAGAAGGAGGAUAUACCAGUCUUUCAAGUCUUGCCUUUAAACUCUAAGUCUACACAGUGCGGAGACGAGAUCGACGUUGUCGGUAUUAAUCUCUCGCAAAAUGUAAACGCUAAUGAUAACCAUGACGGAAAACAAUUUGCAGAAUGUAGCAUAGUCAAGCAGAUGGAGAAAGAUGCGGCAAGUAAUGUAUCAAACCCUGAAAAAGAAAAUAUAUGCAACUUUUAUUUGUUGAAUGAUGUAACUGCUGGGAAGGAUGAAAAAGGCCAAGAAAUUUCUGUAGAUACUAAUUUACAAAGAUCAGAUUCAAAUGGAUGUGAAACACAUCCAUUUGAACUACCUGCGAAUCAAGUAAAUAAAAACUGUGAUUUUGAAGAGUUGACAAAUGAUGAAAAUAAUUAUGAUAACAAUAACAUUCAACAAGUAGAUGUAAACCUAGAAAAUUUAGAAGUAGAAAUUGCUGGUCAAUCUAAAAAUAUUUUACACCUGCAUAAACACAAUAGUGAUACAAGGAAAAAUAAGAAUGUGAAUACAUGUGAUAAUGAUAAGAUAUUACAGUCUCAAUUGGACAAACAAAAUGACAUUAGUGAAAAACUACAGCUUCAAUCAAUUAAAAUAAGUGAAGACAAGAAAAAUGACACUAGUGAAAGGCUACAGUCUCAAGUUAAAAUAAGUGAAGACAAGAAAGAUAAUAAAAAUGAAAAAAGGUUGCAGCCUUUAUUGAAUGAAACAAAUGAUGAAAAAAUGAUACAAUCUCAAUUAGAUGAAGUUCAUAGUAGUAAUAAUACUGUGAUUUCUGCAUCUACAUCCAAUAAAUAUAGAAAGAUAGGAGAGGCAAAUAGAAUUAAUAAAAAUAAAAAAUGUAAGCUUAAAGACACUGACUGUACAGAAACACAAAAUAAUAUUUAUCACAAACUUGCAAUGCAUAUUGAACAGAAUAUUAGAGAAUGGGUCACAAAAAAUACACUUUGCCUUCUAACAGGCGAGGCAGAUGAAAAGAAUCAGUUAUUAGAGAAGCUUACGCAACGCGACAGGUAUCAGCAGUUGUGUAAAAAGUUAAAUAAAUUGCAACUGGAAGAUGAAAAGGAGGAUCGUGUUAACUUGGAGAGAAACAAUCUCAAACCUUUACCCCACUUAUCCACACUCCAAGAAGAUGGAAAGAAAAUGGAAUUAAAGGUACGUGCAUUUUACGAAGGACGAAUGACGUUUACAUCCGAGGAUAGCAAUAAAAAAUCAGAAAGCAAAGACAACGACGAGCUUGUAUUACCAUUAACGGAUGCUCACGCGCCCAAUGCACUUCGUCGCCGAAUUUUCUUAGACAACCUUAAUAAAAUAUUGCCAGAUUUGAUGCGCGCUUUAACAACUAAUGAGAAUAUUUCUUCAUUGGCACAAUGUACUUACAAUAACGAAAAAUACUCGUUAAUUAAAAUCUUGAUCAGCACUUUUAAUUUAUCUGCUACAAACAUUAUCUUUAAAACUGCCGAGUGGACACUUGUGGGACUUAUCAUCAUUAAAAUGUUGAGUUUGAUUGAUAUGCAAUUGCAAUCAUUGCUCAGAUCUAAGCAAGCUUCAAUGUACAUGUCCAUGAUUCUCACGACGUAUAAAUUGGAUUCCAAUUAUUUGGACAGACUUAUAAUGGAGAUAACGAGUAAUGUGGACGUAUCCGAGUCAAGUGAUAAAUAAUGUUAAAUAAAAAUUGUGAAAUAUGUAAAUAUUAAAACGAUUCUUACAAUUUUUA